ACCCAACAUUAUAACAACAAGAAGAAGAAGCAUGCUACUGACGAUUUUCUGAGUGGGGUCGGUCAUGCAUGCCGAGGACGGAGACAAGUAAGACCUGGAUAGAUGUAUUGUAUAGUCAUCAUGGAGAAAUUGAAAUAUUUCCUCAGACAGAGAGGGCUGAAGGAAGACAUAAUCCAGAAAAUGGUUGAAGAUAAGGUUGAUGUGGAAAUAAUCCCAUUGCUUGAUGAUAAGAAACAUCCCAGUACAUCCCAGCAUAUGGAGACCGGGUAGCAGUGGUAACAUUUUGCAAGUGUGAAUCAGGGCCAUCAUACUCUACUAGUUCACCAAAAGCAGCAAAGCCAUCAAUGGUAGACAGAUUAAAAAUUAAGAUCAAGAAAUCUCAGAAGAAAAAUAUUGGUAACAGGAAUGCAGAAAAAGAGGAAAGGAGGGUGGAGAUAGGGUGGAAAGACUUUGAUGUGGCCAGUAUGGAGUACAAGCAGAUUCGAACAUCUAAGGGUGGCGGAACGAGGCAUCUAAAGUUGGGGGAAAAUGCAACAGCUGGCGAUGUCAUCAAGGAGGGGAGGAGACUUUUCUUUCCAGAUAAUAUGUCAUUCAGAGGUCAUGUGGAUGAUUUCUAUUUCCAUGUGGAAGAUUUUCGAGGAAAGCUAUUUUCCGAGGGUAAUGUAGAAGAUCUGUACCUAGAGACAGAAGUAAAAAUGUUGCGGAUAUAUAUUUGCUCAAAGAAGAAGGGAAAGAGUCAAAAGACAUCCAAUGACACUGACGAAGACAUCUCAUUCUAUCCUGAUGAGGCAGAUGAGGACUUGGAUGAAACAUUACCAAUGAUUCCGUUGACUCCGGAAACGGGUAUUAGCCAUACUGCCAUUGAGUCAGUAAUUGAUCUAACCCUCUUUGAAUUAGUACCACAACCAGAACAGGAGCAGGAAAUGGAGUCCGAUCAUGAGCAACCGAGCACUAGCAAUGCUCCACCCUCAAGAACUGAAGGUCUUGCUAUUGAGGAACCACUACUAACACAAGGUCUACAAAUUCUGGGAGAAGAGUUGGAAAAGCGUUCAUUGGUAAAGCUGCACAGAUGCAUGGUUAUAACUGAACUCCUGUGUAUUUUCAAAGCACCUGAUAUGAUGACAUCCCCUCUAAAAUUCGAGUUUGUGGACGAACUUGGAAUUGAUGCAGAAGGAGUGUCGAGAGAUGUUUACACAAUCUUUUGGAAACAAUUUUUUGAAAUGUAUGCUGAUGGGGAAGAUUUCAGAGUUCCAGGUUUGUGCCCAGAACUAGGGCCAGAAGAGUGGAAAGCCGUUGGAAGAAUCCUUGUGAAAGGAUUCAUAGACCACAAAAUUUUCCCUCUUAGAAUGGCACCAGCUUUCGUCAUUGGCAUGCUAUUUGGUGAAGAUGCAGUCCUGCCUGACACUUUGAUGGAGUCUUUCAAGCUUUACCUUAAUGAUGGAGAUCGAGCUUGUGUUCAGUCUGCACUGUCUGGAAACACAACAGAGGAAGAGCAUGAAGCACUCGUUGACCUCCUUGACCGAGAAGGUGGGCAUACCAUACCAAAAGAAGGGGAAUCGUUAGCACUUAUGUUCCAGUUGGCGCACAAGGUCAUCAUCCAGAACGGGAGCUAUGCGAUGCAGUGUAUGAGGGAAGUUGUGACUCCUCAGUUGUUAAGCAAGCUUCCAACCCCCUCGGUAGUUCUCAGCAUAUACCAAGAGCUCCAACCUACAACAAAGAAAGUCUGUGAGAUCUUUUCAGCUAUUCCAUCCAACCAGGAAGAGUCAAACUCGGUGCGUUUCCUCAUGCAGUACAUUAAGGGGCAAGACAAGAAAGGAUUGAAAAAAAUUAAUGCAUUUUCUGACAGGAUCUGAAGUGAUGAGCGUUUCCAAAAUAAUGGUUCAAUUCACGUCUCUAGAAGGUGCAGGCAGGCGACCAGUGGCACAUACAUGUGGGCCUACUCUUGAACUUCCAAGUACCUAUGGAAGUUACCGGGAAUUUCGCCAAGAGUGGGAUUGUGUAUUAGCAUCAGGAUAUAUGAACUUUGAUUUUGGUUAAUGGCUACUGGUUACUCGUACAUUUCCUCCAGGGUACUGCACAGUUUCAAGUUUAAUCUUGAAUUUUGUUGCUUUAUAUCUUAAAUUAAUGCGGGAAACUGUCAAAUAUCGGUGUAUUGGCUUUGAGAAACAUGAAGGCUUACCCAAGUUCAAAGUUGACUUCCCGUACGCAGCAUACAUCAUUAAUUAAAUAUGCAGCAUAAACAUAACACUACCUGACUACAUUUUGCAGAAAACCCUUUAUUUUUGUCCUUUAUUAAACUUCCUCAGAACAACUCAUUGCUUUAUGAAGAUGAAAGUAGGCUGUCUUCUCUAAUUGUUUACAUUUAUUAAUUAGCUUGAAAUUUGUAGGUGUGAGACAUAUGGCAGUGAUAGCAAUUGUGCAUAUUUGCAAAGGUUUAGUAUUAAACAUCUUCAUGCUUCAGAUAUGGUGUUGAAACACCAAAAAAUUAUAUUGAAUGAAUUAAUAUGCAGAAAUCAAUCUGGUAUUUAUACAUACAAUGUAGUGUAUCACAAAAGUGUACUCUCAGAAAAUGGCUUCCCAAGUAACUUUGGUACCAAAUGUAUAAACGUAUUUCACCAUUUCAGAUAAAUUUGGGUGUGCGUGAUUCAGUGAUGAUCUCAUUUUGCCCUUACAUUCACUCUUUGGUGGGCAUAGACGAUUUUUGUGAAAGGUGAACAAAUCUUCUGUGUCACUUUUGGAAAAUCUGUUUACUAACAUUACCAUAGAGACAACCACUUCCCGCUGCAUUUUUUUUCUUGCUCCGAAUAUGCUUUGAUUGGAUGAAUAUAGAUGUAUGUACAUUAUUCAAUUUUCCUUUUAAUAAUGAGCUCAAAUUUAUCAAAAUGGUAUUUGACAUCAGAAAGAGACAAAAUUGAAAACCAAUCCAAAGAAAGAAGUAUGUGCAGCAAUAAAGCCCCAAUUUAAAAUAGGUAGAUUUUAUGUCGAUUCACUCUUAA